UGCCGCACCCUCACAGUGUGUGUGAGGGGAAAUGAGCAGGAGGUAGUAGCAACCGAUACUCACAAGCAGAGCAUUCACACGCUCUGGACAGAGUGAGGCUCAUACACUAACACACAGCUUAACUGGCAGCUGCUGCCACUGCUCCUGAAAAGUAGAGUGUGUGUGUGUGUGACUACACCCUAAUCGCUCCAGGGAGAGGUACAUUGAAAUUCUUCCAGAGCUAUUACAAGGAGAGAAUCUGUACAGGACGGGAGAGAGCGAGAGAACUCAAUUCACUGAACUCAACAGGAGGUGGUUGUUAUUAGGCUACUGGGACUACUUCUUCUUACAACUAGUCACUUGGAUACAUAGCAGCAGCAUUGAUACUUUCUCUCAGCGAGCGAUGGUCGGCAACCUGGGGAUGCUGGACGAGUCCGAGCCACUAUGAGGACGGCUGCGUGGGAAUCAGUAACAACAGGAGUGUGAGUGACUUGCCAGAUAGAGGCGAUGCUUUCCGGGAGGCCCUCCUGUGAAUCUCCCCGAAACACGCAUGACUUCUGCUCCAGGUGGGAAAACUAGGAUGGAACACACACACACUGCUCUGCAAAGAGCCACAGGAACAACUACCUCAGCAGCUGCUCUUUCACACACAAAGAGACACAUACCACUGUUGCCAUCACCACUCUGACCUGACAGAGGAAGAACACCGGAAGGUUCCAGAAUACAUUUUCCAGGAUGUUUGUGAAUUUCCGGCGGAUCCGCAAGUGCCAGUGCGUGCAGUUGAUGACCACAUGCCUGGUGCUGUCGGUGGUGAUGGUAUGCUGGGAGCAGCUGGACAGUGGCAUGGUGAGCCACAUCAACUCCUACUCUUACCGCUACCUGGUCAACAGCUACACUUUCAUCAACAAGAGCUUCACCAUCCCACGACAGGAGGCCCACAUGUUCAGUAACCACCGCUACCUACUCAACCACCCGUACAAGUGUUCAGGAGAGAAGGACAUUUUACUGCUUCUGCUCAUCAAGUCCUCCCCGGAGAACUUCGAGAGACGGCGAGCCAUACGGUCGACGUGGGGCAACGAGACCUACAUUCGCCAAGACCUGGGGGUGACGGUGAAGGUGAUGUUUGUGCUGGGCCUUCCCAAGCAGCAUGAGACGGCCCAGACGUGGAGGGGGAGGAGCGGAGGCAUCCAGCACAGCCUUGUCGAUGAGGACCGCAGGCAUGGCGACAUGGUCCAGCAGGACUUUGUGGACACGUUCCACAACCUCACCCUCAAGCUUCUGCUACAGUUCCGCUGGGCUCAUUUCUACUGCCCGCAUGCCCGAUUCCUCAUGACCGCUGACAAUGAUAUCUUCGUGCACAUGCCCAACCUGGUGCGCUACCUGCGAGACACGGACAGGAAGGGCGUGACGGACUUCUGGAUCGGUCACGUGCACAGAGGCGCGCCACCGAUCCGCCAGAAGGAAAGCAAGUACUACGUCCCGCAAGAGCUGUACCCUUGGGCGUCAUACCCGGACUACACGGCAGGGGCCGGUUACGUCGUCUCGAGAGACGUGGCGGACAAAAUCUACCAGGCCUCAUUGACGCUCAAUGCCUCGCUGUACAUUGACGAUGUCUUCAUGGGCAUCUGUGCCAAUGCCAUGGGCGUGUCGCCACAGGAACACGUGUACUUCUCAGGCGAAGGCAAGGCGCCCUACCACUUGUGCAUCUACGACAAGAUGAUGACAUCGCACGGCCACGUGGCCGACAUUUAUGAGCUCUGGGAAGCCGCCACAAACCCGGAGGUCAAAAGGGUCACAUCGGGACUUUUUGGGAGGUUGUACUGCACGGCAGUGAAACUCACCCUUCUGUGCAGACCCUACUUCUUCAACACCUACCCCUGCAAGGCAGCCUUAUUGUAGUACUGUAAACUUACUGUGUUUGGUCCAAAACGGAGUGCGGGAUCAUUUUGCUUCCAUCACUCCCAUUAUUUUAAAAGACUGAGGAGGGAAGGGGGGUGGAGAAACUUGUUUUGUGUUAAUGGAGGGAGAAACGCAUGAGUCAUAUCUAUUGCUGUAAAUGUGGGUUUUACAUUAACCAUCUAUCUAUAUGGUUUUACAGCAACUGUCUAUCUAUAUGGUUUUACAGCACUGUCUAUCUAUAUGGUUUUACAGCACUGUCUAUCUAUAUGGUUUUACAGCAACUGUCUAUCUAUAUGGUUUUACAGCAACUGUCUAUCUAUAUGGUUUUACAGCAACUGUCUAUCUAUAUGGUUUUACAGCAACUGUCUAUCUAUAUGGUUUUACAGCAACUGUCUAUCUAUAUGGUUUUACAGCAACUGUCUAUCUAUAUGGUUUUACAGCAACUGUCUAUCUAUAUGGUUUUACAGCAACUGUCUAUCUAUAUGGUUUUACAGCACUGUCUAUCUAUAUGGUUUUACAGCAACUGUCUAUCUAUAUGGUUUUACAGCAACUGUCUAUCUAUAUGGUUUUACAGCAACUGUCUAUCUAUAUGGUUUUACAGCACUGUCUAUCUAUAUGGUUUUACAGCAACUGUCUAUCUAUAUGGUUUUACAGCAACUGUCUAUCUAUAUGGUUUUACAGCAACUGUCUAUCUAUAUGGUUUUACAGCAACUGUCUAUCUAUAUGGUUUUACAGCAACUGUCUAUCUAUAUGGCCGGCAGUGGUCCAGUUCUUGCUAGCUUUAAGAUGUAUUGAAUAGUCCCACCUCUCUGGGAGGGCAGAGACUGAAUGUGAUGAACAACAGAUGCUUCCCAAGGAGAUACUGUCCAGACAUAAUGUUGAAACAUAGGAUUCACAGUGAAUUUCUUCUCCCACUCCCCCAUCUCCAUUAAACUGAUUGAGAGAAUGUU